ACCACGGUUCUAAUCACUACGUUCUCAUCCCUCUCUCAUUAUCUUUGCAAACUGAAAUGGCGUCACAACCAGAGACGGAGCAUCCCAAGAAGGCUUUUGGAUGGGCAGCUAGGGACACAUUCACCCAAAAUUACUCUAUGCAUGGCACCCACGAUUCCCAGUCAUACGUCGUCGAUUUAUCGCAAUUUUUUUUUUUUUUCAGGGAAACGGGGGAGAAAGAUGUUGCAUUCAAAAUACAGUACUGUGGAAUAUGCCACUCGGACCUACAUAUGCUCAAGAACGAGUGGGGCAACUCAGCCUAUCCUAUUGUUCCUGGGCACGAGAUUGCUGGUGUGGUGACAGAAGUGGGAAGCAAGGUGCAAAAGUUCAAAGUUGGAGACAAGGUAGGUGUUGGGUGCAUGGUUGGAUCCUGCGGAUCAUGUCAAAGUUGUGCUGAUGAUCUUGAGAAUUACUGCCCCAAAAUGAUUCUCACGUACAGUGCCAAGUAUAAAGAUGGCACAAUCACAUAUGGAGGUUACUCUGACUCAAUGGUUGCAGAUGAACACUUUGUGGUUCGCAUUCCUGACGGCAUACCACUUGAUGCUGCUGCACCUCUGCUUUGUGCUGGCAUCACUGUGUAUAGCCCUCUCAAAUAUUAUGGACUUGACAAGCCUGGCCAACAUUUGGGUGUGGUUGGCCUUGGUGGACUUGGUCACAUGGCUGUCAAAUUUGCCAAAGCUCUUGGUGCUAAGGUGACAGUAAUUAGUACAUCUCCUAACAAAAAGAAGGAAGCCAUAGAGAAUAUGGGAGCUGACUCAUUUGUGGUUAGCCGUGAACAAGAUCAGAUGCAGGCUGUCAAGGGCACCUUGGAUGGUAUCAUUGACACAGUUUCUGCUGUCCAUCCUCUUGUGCCUUUGCUUGGCCUGUUGAAGUCUCAUGGCAAACUAGUCAUGCUUGGUGCACCAGAGAAGCCUCUAGAGCUACCAGCAUUUUCUUUACUUUCGGGGAGAAAGGUGGUUGGUGGCAGUGCCAUCGGAGGGUUGAAGGAGACGCAAGAAAUGCUUGAUUUUGCUGCUAAGCAUGGUGUGAAACCUGAUAUUGAGGUUAUUCCAAUAGAUUAUGUGAAUACAGCAAUGGAGCGCCUCCUCAAAGGGGAUGUGAAGUAUCGAUUUGUAAUUGACAUUGAAAACACGUUGAAGGCAAGCUCUUGAAUAUAGAAUAUGCAUACAUGAUGAAGAUUUCAUAGACUGAACCUAGGGCAAGAGGGAAAAUUUGAUAGUUGAAUGUUGAUCUUAUUUUUAGCAUUGUGUGUGUUUGUCGUAGUGAGUUUUUACUUUGGAGGAUUUAGCUAGGCUAUUCCUUGAUAAAUAAAUAUACGUGAGGCAUGCAAACAUGGUUUGUUCUGUACUACAUUUGAAAGAGAGAAAUUCCGUGAGAAUCAGGAGUUGUUUUUAUUAUUUUGAUUGGCAAGAAAUUUACGUUGAUCAAUUAAAUGUUUCUGUACGCUGUUGAACCAGCGUGUGGUGAAAUAUAAAGUGUAAGGUUUUUCUCA